AGGAGAUCCUGAUGGCCAAGAAAGAGAUUCCUUUUGGUGGAGAGAAGGAGAGGAAGGUGCUCGAGUUGAGAGCUGUGAACAACCCGGAGCUUUCGCUGGGUGGUUCCCUGUCACUCUUAUGUGGGAGAACAAACAGCUCAUCUUCAGAGUCGGAUGCGGAUUCGCGGAGGAAGAGGAAGCAAACUUGGUCUGAUCCUGUGAUGAUUCAGACUAGUAUUGAUCUCCAGAUCAAUGAUCCCUUGCCACUGGAUUGGGAGCAAUGCCUAGACCUUCGAUCUGGAAGGAUGUAUUACUUGAACAGGAAGACACUGAGAAGGAGCUGGACGAAGCCAAAGGAGCAAAAGCUUGACCUGGAGCUCAACAUCUCAUCCUUGCCAACCUCAGAUGAGAAGGCUAACUCCACGAAUCCAGACGAAGAAGCAAAGAAAUACACCCUUACCGGAAACAUGGUUGCAGUGGUGUGCAUAAACUGCCAUCUCCUUGUCAUGCUGUUCACGUCAUCUCCUUCGUGUCCAAACUGCAGGCACAUGAACUCGCUGCCUCUCCCAGCACAGUACCCCAUGACUUCGGGCAAGCUCGAGACUGUCAACUCCCCCAAAACCCUAAGUCUUCUCCACUAGUUAGCAUGCAGAUGGACAC